AAGUAAGACCCGCCCACGACUCAGAGUACCGACUCCCGCCAAAACUUUGACUACCACUUAAAAUGUUGCUGUGGAGAUUUACUCUGGUUGGAGCUGCUCUUCUCUGAGGACACAACAAGGAGUCUGGCCAGCACACUAAGGGGCCCUGAGAGACCAAGGCAUGGUGGAGCUGAGCUUCACCCCUGAACAGAACAGUCCUGAGCAGUCUCACUGUCUCUCACAUCCCAAGGUUCAUGUGAAAUGAGAGAAACUGCCGGAAGCUGUUGUGGAAGCCAGACAGGAGUCUUCUUCUCAGACCUUCAUGGAGUCGUGAUGUGAUAUUAUAGUGCUUCCUCCUCUCCCUCAGUGAAACGCGGGACUUCUCUUCUGUGUUCCCAUGAGCCCUGUGCUGACGAGUUUAGUGUUCAGAACUGUGCAGAAAGUUGACCAAGAAGCAGCUCCAGGUGGAUCGAGCUCUGAGGAGAGAUACCUGGUCUCACAGAGACCAAACAAAGACCAGUUUCACCCCCUCAUGGCAACAGCGCUCCUUGAUCGCAGCGGCUUCCCAGCAGAGUACAACGAGCCUGUAGCACUGCAGACGCAACCCAGGAACGGUCCGAGGAACCUGAUGAAGAACUCAAGGUGUCAGACUGGCCUCCUUAUUCCCAGGAUCCUAAUCCAGUUGAGUCAGAACCAAGUCCCAUCAACGAUCCUUCUCGACUCAGACUUGUUAUGGUGCAUCAAUCGACAAAUUAGUCGAAUUACAUAGUGGUUAUCAUAAAAACUACUUAUUAAUGAAACAAAUUAGACACAUUUUAUUUUCAGUUAAUUCCUCCUGUUGUGUAACGUUGUGGUACAAAAGGAAGGAAGGCGGAGCAGCAGAGGAGGUGGAGAGAGAAUAAAAGCAUGGGGGGUGGAGUGUUUCCCAGUGAACUCAGCGGUGCACACAGCAACAUCAGUGACUCUGAGCUCAUGACAUGGCAACAAAAAUCAUCUACUUCACGGUGAACGGGAGACCAGAGCAGGCUGAGUUCCCACUGGACUGCCCGGCCCAGGAUGUCAAAGAUCUGUUCCGCUCUGCAGCCGAGGCGGGACCCCACGACAUCCUGAAGCUGUACAACCCCAGAGGCAACAUAAUCAACAUCUCCCCGAGUCUGGAGCCCAACAGCCCCAACUCCUGCUACAAGCUGGAGGUGGUGGCCUCCGACUGCAACAGUGAGCCGUUAGGUGCAGAACUUGCCGGUGCACUCGGAUUUGACCUCUUGUCCAUGGAGAAAAGACUUCAGGGCCUGGAGAAGAAAAUCUUGAUCGAGGCCGGUGAGACUCCUGCAGUCGUGUACGAGAUGAAGAAACAGAUCGACUCAUUCCGGGAGAAACUGGAGAGUGUGGAGCAUCUGAGCUGGCUGGGGUUGUUUAAAGACCUGUCAGAGGGAACACACAAGCCCUCCCCGUUCUACCACAAGAGAACCCUGCGCAAGACCAGGAAGGAGUGUGAGCAUGUACGGGAAAAGUUUCUCCAAAUGAGCUCCCUGGAGGUAUCAGACGAAGUGAGGCAGUACUUAAAGACUCCAACCUUUGAUAACUGGCAGUGGGAGGAUGCAGAGAUCAUGGUGCUCCUGCAGGUCAUGUACACAGAUCUGGACUUCAUCGCGACCUUCAACAUUGAGCCUCAAGUUCUGCAGCAGUUCCUGUUCGAAGUCUACAGAAGAUACAACAACAUCCCCUUCCACAACUUCAAGCACUGCUUCUGUGUUACACAGAUGAUGUAUGGUUUGAUCUGGCUGACUGACCUGAGGAGUAAGAUGGACAGCGUCGACCUGCUGAUCAUGUUGACCUCUGCAGUCUGCCAUGACCUCGACCACACAGGAUACAACAACGCCUAUCAGAUAAACGCUCGGACUGAACUCGCUCUCCGCUACAAUGACAUCUCUCCACUGGAGAACCACCACUGCGCUGUAGCUUUUGAGAUACUGGAGAAGACAGAGAGCAACAUCUUCAGAAAUCUGUCCAUGGAUCAGUACAAACAGAUCAGAGAAGGAAUCAUCAAAUGCAUCCUGGCCACUGACAUGACGAGACACAACGAGAUUCUCAACAAGUUCAAGUCCAUCCUGCCGGCUUUUGACUUCACCAGCAAGGAGCACCGAGAAGUGCUGAUGAUGAUUCUGAUCAAAGUGAGCGAUAUAUCCAACGAGGCGCGGCCCAUGGAGGUGGCCGAGCCCUGGUUGGACUGUCUGCUGCAGGAGUUCUACAACCAGAGUGAUAUGGAGAAGUUAGAGGGUCUUCCGGUCACCCCCUUCAUGGACCGGGACAAAGUCACCAAGCCUUCAUCUCAAACAGGCUUCAUCAGAUUUGUGCUUCUGCCUCUCUUCAUCGAGCUGGCCAACCUCUUCCCCUGCUUGGAGCAACACAUUAUCGACCCAGUGCGAAAAGCUCUGGAUUACUACACAGAGAUGGAGAAAGCUCUGGAGAGGGAGAAACAGAACCGGACCAUCUGUGAGAACGCAGCCAAGAAUAAGGAGACGGCGGCGGGCAGGCAGAGCUCAGCUGACGGCCACACGGACGCUGCCGGACCCGAUGCCUCAAAACCAGACGCACAGUGAGCUGUGAUUGGACGGCGACUCAAAGACUCAAAGAACUGACUCUCAUCUAAAGAUCGUAUGAUUUUUUUAUUGAUUUGAGCCAUUUAAAUCUGUACUUUUGUAUAUUUAUUUACUGGGCUAAGAUCAAGUAUGUCUUUCCUGUUGUAGUUUUUGGUGUAUGCACGCAAAUAUGACGUGAUGAGAUGAACAUAUUACUUUAUGAUUCUACUGAAAAGUUCAAUACAAAUGCUCAACAUAUUUAAAAGAGUAGAGCAACAUAUACGAAUUUGCUGAUAUUCUAUUUUAUUACAGAGACAGAUGAAAUCUUGGAUUAUAAAUACGUACAUUUCAGCAAAUAUUGCACUAUUGAUGUAUUGUCGAGGUAAACCAGUCAUAAGUGACAUUUCUUAUUAAAAAUCUCCAGUGUUGUGGGUUUGGUUGUGAUGCACAGGUAAUAAAACACACACCAGGUGUUGCCUUUUGCUCUUGUACCAUG